GUGAGAAGUUGUGCCCUGUGAAGUGGAGACCGGAAGUGGUGGGAAGUAACCUGCAUCCACGGGAAAAAACGGGUUUGUUCCCCUCGCGGUCCAGGGCUUAGACCGGCUCAAAGAAGACGGUAUCAAAAUGGCAACAGGAGCAGAUGUCCGGGAUAUAUUGGAAUUGGGAGGUACAGAGUCUGAGAAUGUAGGAACUAUUAAUAAGAAAGACAUCAUCAAUUCUGAUAAGAAAAAAUCUAAGAAGUCAUCAGAAACCCUAACAUUUAAAAGACCAGAGGGGAUGCACCGGGAGGUCUAUGCACUGUUGUACUCGGAUAAAAAGGAUGCACCUCCCCUUUUGCCAAGUGACACAACGCAGGGCUACCGCACAGUCAAGGCUAAGUUGGGCUCUAAGAAAGUGCGCCCUUGGAAAUGGAUGCCCUUCACCAACCCUGCUAGAAAGGAUGGGGCUAUGUUCUACCACUGGAGAAGGGCAGCUGAAGAGGGCAAGGAUUACCCUUUUGCCAGGUUCAACAAAACAGUGCAAGUUCCAGUCUACUCUGAGCAGGAAUAUCAGAUGUACCUUCAUGAUGAUGCCUGGACAAAAGCUGAAACAGACCAUCUCUUUGACCUAUCGCGACGGUUCGACCUGCGCUUUGUGGUUAUUCAUGAUCGCUAUGACCACCAGCAGUUCAAAAAACGGUCAGUGGAAGACUUAAAGGAACGCUACUAUCACAUUUGUGCCAAAUUGGCCAAUAUUCGUGCUGCUCCUGGUACUGAUCUGAAAAUUCCUGUGUUUGAUGCUGGUCAUGAAAGGCGCCGGAAAGAACAGUUAGAGAGGCUAUAUAACAGGACACCAGAACAGGUGGCAGAAGAGGAAUAUCUAAUUCAGGAGUUGCGGAAAAUUGAAGCCAGGAAGAAAGAGAGGGAAAAGCGAACACAAGACUUGCAGAAACUCAUUACGGCAGCUGACACAACCACUGAACAAAGACGUGCAGAACGCAAGGCGCCGAAGAAGAAGCUGCCACAGAAAAAAGAGACAGAGAAGCCUGCUGUCCCUGAAACAGCUGGCAUCAAAUUUCCUGACUUUAAGUCUGCUGGUGUUACGCUGCGGAGUCAAAGGAUGAAACUGCCGAGCUCCGUGGGACAGAAGAAGAUUAAAGCCUUGGAGCAGAUGCUGAUGGAACUCGGAGUAGACCUGAAUCCAAUGCCGACAGAGGAGAUUGUCCAGACGUUCAAUGAGUUGCGCAGUGAUUUAGUGCUACUGUAUGAGCUCAAGCAAGCCUUUGCAAACUGUGAAUAUGAGCUACAGAUGUUGCGCCACCGCUAUGAGGCACUGGCCAAGGCAGGGAACACAGGACCCAGCACAGAUGGAGGCUUGCACACUGAUGGACAGUCAGGCGUAUGCACUGAAGAGGGCAAGGGGGAUGGCAAGGAGCAGAUCAUUGAUGUGGUGGGAGCCCCCCUUACACCUAAUUCAAGAAAGCGCAGGGAGUCUGCUUCCAGUUCCUCAUCUGUCAAAAAGGUGAAGAAGCCAUAAAUAAUGCAAGAUAUCAGCUCCUAGAUUGUGGGGACAGGAUGGCUCCAUUUGUCAAGUAUUAUGGCAAUAUUUCCUGCCGGAGAAUUCUUUUAGUGACAUUGCCUUUUCCUGCUCCAGAACAGGCUAUGGCUGCCCCAGGUAAAGGAUUGGGAGACGCUUGAAGAAUGGCCUCAUAUUGGUUGUUGUGUAGUCUUUCCUGUGCCUAAUUUUUGUAGACUUCCUUGUGCAUAUAGAAACCAUUGUCUCUUGUUCCAUUAUCUAAAUCAGAAGUAAUUAGGUGCACAUUGAGGAGGGCAGAGUGUCAACACCUGCACAGUGAUAAGGAAUUAUUUUUCUCUCUCUUUCCUAUAUUUCUUCCUAAAUUAGCUUGGGCAGGAACUAAAUGCUAAACAAUCAGUCAACCAGACCGUCAGGAUUGCAAGAUUUUUGGAAUUGAUGUAGAUUUCAUGUUAUGAUGCUGCAUUUAAGAAAUCACUAUAGAGGUGGGGCUAUGUAGCCCAUAAUGGUGCAGAAGGCUGGGUUCUAGAUCUUAAGAUAAAACCAAACUGGGAGGGUCUUGAGGGAAAGCUGCAUAAACAAAUUGUUUUUCAUAUAGCAAUUUUUGCAAAGAAAAUUGCCCAUUCUGUUUAGAA